CUUGACUUGAAAUAUACUAGUGCACAAUACACAUUAAAUUGAACAUGGAGAAAACACUGGCUGAAAAUCCAAAAACGACUUUUGAUGAUGACAAGAACUCUGAACUGCAUUUCGCAAGUUCGAAGGGAGAUCUGGACGCAGUGACUGAAGGAGUUGAGAAGGGCCAGAAGAUUGACCUCGAGAACUUCGCAGGAUGGACUCCGCUCAUGAUGGCGACAAGGAAUGGACACGUGGAGGUCGUUCGUUACCUCCUGUCGAAACGAGCUGACGCCACCAAGAAAAAUAGAUUCGGUGCGAGUAUAUUUAUGAUGGCCGUUGCCAGUGGAAACAUGGACAUUCUGCGUGAAAUUUUAAAUCACCUUCUAUGCGGAGGUGUUUCGAAGCAGAGCAUGGAGAGCAAAUUCUCCGCUUUGUCUUUAGCGAUCCUUUUCAACCACGAGGACAUCUUUCGUUAUCUCUUGGAGAAGAAUUUCAAUGUUAACGCAACGAUACCGAAUAUCGAUUUGACUCCUCUCAUGUUCGCUGCAAUCAACAGGAAUCCCAUUUUCAGUAAACUCCUGCUGAAUAUUGGAGCAAACGUCAAUUGCAAGAACAUCAACGGCGAGACCGCUCACGAUAUUUUGGUGCGGAAGCAGGAAGUGAAAGUACAACAGCCCGUUGUGCAGCCGCAGCAGCAACCGCCUCCUCAACCACCUCCUCAGCAGGUCGUCUACAAUCAGCAGCCAAAUUUGGUCUACCUGCAACCACCCAAUCCGCAUUUCAUGAGGAAAUCUUCCGAAGUUCUCACACCCAACAUCAUCCUCUCGCCUAACAUGUCGCCGAUUCCUCCCAUGUCCUACCAUCCGCAAGUUUUCUUCCCACCGGAAUUCAUGCAGCAUCAUAUUAUGCCUCCGCAAUUCAAUUAUCCCCAUGGCACUAUCAUUUCGCCAGUGCCUAACUUCAAUUUGUCCUCACCUUGCGGAGGCGCAUGUUCAUGGUAUCCAGUGUAUCCUUAAAGAGAUGCAUUCACAGACUUAUAUUUAUUUUACAAAGUAAUUUUUAACAAAUUUUGACAUUUUAAAUUCAUGUUUGUUUGUCCCCCCACCCCCCUUAAUGUUGAGCCAAAAUGUAAUUAUUGUAUUGUUUAAUGAGUUCAAGAUUGUAAAACAUUUUAAAAAGUUAACUGUAUUUAUGAAAUAAAGAUUCUACACUAACUAC